AUGGCUUCCCUGCUAUCUCCUGCGGCAGCUCCCGUCCCGCAGGCUAGGCAACCGCUUUGGAUCUCCUCCCCGAGAGCCGUGCCCCACGCAGCCCGGCUACGGAGCGGCGCCGCCAGGCAGCCCGUGAGGUGCAGCGCUGCUCCGGGGGGGAUUCCGGAGGAGUUGCUGAAGUCCGUGUCGCUCGAGAACUCGAAGGGUCUCUUCUCCUUCUUCUCAUACGGGCUCUCCCAGUUGCAGGGAAUCGUUGCUGGCUUGCCGGAGAUAGAGAGGUGGGAGGUCCUGGUUUUCGUGGGGCUGAGCUGGGUGUACCUGACGGCGCGGCCGGGGGUCCUCGUCGGCGCCGUCGAUGCUUAUCUUCUUGCUCCGCUGCAGCUAGGUCUCGACAGGCUUCUAGGGAGGAGGAACCUGAGAAUGAGCGACUUUGUCCUCGGGGAGAGGCUCGGGGAAGGCUCCUUUGGGGUGGUUUAUUAUGGGGCUAUCGUGCCCAAGGAUGUGACCAUCGAGGAGAGGGUGGGGAAGAGGAGGACCAGGCUCGAGGUCGACGACAGGUUCAAGGAGAAGGUCAUACUGAAGAAGGUACGCUCUCCUGAUCCAUCGGGCCUUCCUCUCUCUCACACGAACGGCACGAAUGUGCAACUGUUGCUCCGGAUUCUUCGCUGAGUUCGGUGGGGUUGCCCUAGGGUUUUCUUGAGCACCAUCCCCGUAUGUGAACCUGAUAAACCUGAUACAAUUUCAGAUCAAGGUCGGUACAAAGGGGGCGGAGGAAUGCGGGGAAUUCGAGGAAUGGUUCAACUACAGGGUCUCGAGAGCUGCUCCUGAAUCCUGCGCCGAAUUUCUGGGGAGCUUCAUCGCCGACAGGACCGUCUCGGAGUUCACUAAGGGAGGCAAAUGGCUCGUCUGGAAAUUUGAGGUACGGGAGGCCCCGCUCUGAUACAAAUUCAUAUUUGGAAUCCAAAACAAUCUGCCUCGUGAUUUCCGCAUUCGCCGCGCUAUUCACGAGUUCAUAGCUGUGUGUUAGGGCAAUCGAAAUCUGGCCGAUUAUAUCAGAGAUCGGAGCUUCCCUCUAAACCUAGAAUCGAUUAUGUUCGGGCGCGUCCUCCAGGGGACCGACGCGAUCAAGAGGAACGCGCUGAUCAUCAAGCAGGUCAUGCGGCAGAUCAUCACCUCGCUCAAAAAGAUCCACGACACGGGGAUCGUUCAUCGCGACAUAAAGCCCGCAAACCUGGUGGUGACCAGAAAGGGGCAGAUCAAGUUGAUCGACUUCGGAGCGGCCACCGACCUUCGAAUCGGCAAGAACUACGAGCCCGAUCGCGGGCUGCUCGAUCCCGACUACUGCCCCCCGGAACUGUAUGUUCUUCCGGAGGAAACGCCAGAGCCUCCGGCCGAGCCCAUCGCUGCGAUCCUCUCUCCCUUUUUGUGGCAGGUAAAACUUAAUAGUUCUACUCUUAAAAUAUGAUUUCCUUCUUGCCGGAUUCGGAAAAGCAUUUGAGACCAAUCGACGGGCCGAACGCAGCUCAACAGCCCCGACCUCUUCGAUAUGUACUCCGCCGGCAUCAUCCUAAUGCAGAUGGCGGUUCCCAGCCUGCGAUCCUCCGCAGGCCUGAAGAACUUCAACUCCGAGCUGAAGACAUUUGGAUACGACUUGAGCAGAUGGAGGGAAUCCACCAGGUCCAGACCAGAUCUCAGCAUACUCGAUCUUGACUCCGGCAGAGGCUGGGAUCUGGCCACGAAACUCAUCUCGGAGAGAGGAAAUCUCGGACGAGGCCGGCUAACGGCCGCCGCUGCACUCAGGCAUCCCUAUUUUUUGCUGGGUGGUGACCAGGCGGCGUCCAUUCUCUCCAGACUGAGCUUAUCCCGAUAG